UGCCGCUUGCAAUGUCACCAACUUAUCUUCAUACAAAUACAUAUUUGACUCUCAUAUAAUAAAUUUCUCAAAAAAAAAUAAUUUCGGUUAACAAAUUUUUUGGGGCUUAUACUUCAUUAUAAUUCCUAGGUCUUGAUAUCAAUAAUUUUCUAUAUAUCAGGUACAAUUCUUCUCUUUUGCUACAUUGGUUUUGGCUUUGAUGGUAACUAGUUUCAAUUGAGGUUUUUUCAGUAACAACAUGGCUUAAAACAAUGGUAAUAAAAUGUGAAACAUAUAAAUAAAUAUAUUAACACUAAUAAAUACAUUAAAUAACAAUAUAUAAAUAACUUUUUGGGUACAAUACUUUUUUUGUAAACAUAUGUUUAACAAGUGCUACAUAUUCGAUUCAGGUGGCUUUGCCCAGCUGGCUACUGGUUCUACAUUUUGUCUCUGACAUCAUAAUUCUCUGGCUUUCUAUUCUAGUGGUUCAGAGCUAACCUAUUCUUCACAAUUUUCACAUUUAAGGUAAUUUACUUAAUUCAUUUUCACUAUCCCCGCUUGUGUCCUUUUUUAUAUGAUGUAGAUUACAAAAAUACAUACUUAAAAAAUUGUUCUUUGACUGUUUCAGGCUUCUAACGGCUGGGAGGGAUCAAACGUUGGAUUUGUUGCAAUAUGGUCUAUGCCAAGAUUAAAUUUAUUACGAUAGUAAGUCUGCAUAAAACGAGAGAUCUCUGCUAUACGUCACUGUACUGGAUUAGUGCUGGGGUUGUAAAGAGAUGUCCUCAACCAUUAAUAUUAGCCAGAUGUGCCUCUGCCUCCGGGGAUACUGGAUCUGCGGGCUGCUUCUUGCCCCCCUCGAUGUUGAUCUCUGCUAUCCUCUGGUUCAAUGGUGUGUCAGCGGCGUCGAUUCGAGUGGAUGAUAGAGGUUGCAGACCUUGUGGAUCGAAAACUAUUGACCCGACACUUCCUGGUUCCCUUUCUCGUGGCAUAUUGGCAUCUACCAUGGUGGGGGUUGAUGUGCUGGGAGUUGACAAAGUGGGAUCUGUACAACUGCCGUACAUAUAUGAAACUUCGGAGUUUGCGGGAGUGUGGUUCAUUAUGCUAAUGUGUCAAAUUCUAAUUAAAAGUGAUGAAUAAUAUGCAAAGAGUAUUGGGCAAGGACACAAAUGAGGAUUCACAGUGAAACAGUUUUGUGCAAAGUGCUUGGAUAACCAUGAACAAGGUAUUUAUACUUAAGUUUUUUAUAAUGCUCUAUCGCUACAAUAUUGGAAUGUCGAUUCCUGAUCGGCUUAUAAACUGUGGCUUAUAAUAUUCUCCAACCGGCUUAUAUAUAAAAAUGAUUCAGGCUAUGACUAGGUAAAUUUGAACAGUUUAGGCCCAUAAAAUAUAAUAGCUCUCUAUAGAAAUAUAUUUUCCACAAUAAUAAAUAAAAAUUUCUUUAUAAAAUAAUUUCUUCUUGUUUAAAGCUAUGGAUUCCCGAAAAGUAAUUUGUUACUUGCCUACCUUCCUCAAUACAAUUAUUAUUCUAUUAUCUAUCCACGACAAAUUUCAAUAUGCCUA